AUGACUGAAGAAAACCCAUCGAUCUGCAAAAUUUGCGGUCUUAAAGCCCAUGGCCUUCAUUUUGGAGUCGCAAGUUGUCGGCCAUGCGCCGCAUUUUUUAGAAGAUGCGUGGUGCUCAAUCUCAAAUACGACUGCCUCCAAACGGACAUCCUUUGUCGUGUUCAGAAAAAGAAGAAUUGCCGGGACGCAUGCCGUGACUGCCGAUUUCAGAGAUGUCUUCAAGUGGGAAUGAAGACGGAUAAUAUCCAAUUCACCGGAAGCCAGAAGAAUAGCACCACCAAAUCCAGGAAAUUGAAGACACCCUCCAUCCUCGAGGAACUUAUCAACACGGAUGACCAAACACCACCUCCAAUUCCUCAACUCGACGUUAAACUCACUCCAGAUGCCAUGACGACGAUUAUCCGCUCGUUCACUUCUGUCCUCCUUGCAAAUAUUUCUUCUGUCGUCCUUGCAAAUAUGCCAAUGAACCACAUGACAACCAAAGCGACAGAAAUAGAAGAAGUGUCGUCGACGACUCCAAAUUUUGUGUCUUUGCGUUGA